AUGUGUUUUGGCCUUAACUGCUUCCUGACGUGGUUCGAGCACUUUUCCAUGCUGGUGAUUCUGCUCAAUUGUGUGACCCUGGGGAUGUUCCAGCCCUGUGAAGACGUCGAAUGCAAAUCUGACUGGUGCCGCAUCCUACAGGUGUUGGACGACUGUAUUUUUGCUUUCUUCGCUGUGGAAAUGGUCAUCAAGAUGGUGGCACUGGGAAUAUUUGGACCCAAUUGUUACCUUGGCGACAAGUGGAACCAGCUUGACUUUGUCAUCGUUAUGGCGGGGGUGAUGGAGUAUUCUCUGGACGGCCAUAACGCCAGUCUGUCAGCCAUCCGUACUGUCCGAGUGCUCAGGCCACUGCGGGCCAUCAACAGAGUACCAAGUAUGAGGAUCUUGGUGACGCUGCUGUUGGACACCCUGCCCAUGUUGGGAAAUGUCCUUCUCCUCUGCUUCUUCGUCUUUUUCAUCUUUGGCAUUGUGGGAGUCCAGCUGUGGGCGGGGCUACUGCGCAAUCGCUGCUUCAUGGGAGAGGACAUCAGAACGAUGUACAACCUGUCCAUCAGUCCAUACUACAUGACCGAGGAGGGUGAAGAGAGCCCGUUGAUCUGCUCGGCUCCCCGCGAGAACGGGAUGCUGCGCUGCAAUGAUUUGCCGCCCCACACAGAAGGCGGGGUCGAGUGCUCAUUGGCCGCUCCCCACCACAGUUCAGCAAUGAUUGGAAUGGGCAGGGACAGUGUGAACGGGUGUGUUAACUGGAACCAGUACUACAAUAUGUGUCUCCCCGGGGACUUCAACCCUCACAAGGGAGCUGUCAACUUUGACAAUAUCGGCUAUGCCUGGAUAGCCAUAUUCCAGGUCAUCACACUGGAAGGAUGGGUAGAUAUCAUGUACUAUGUCAUGGACGCUCACUCCUUCUACAAUUUUGUAUAUUUUAUACUGCUCAUUAUCGUGGGCUCUUUCUUCAUGAUCAACUUGUGCCUCGUGGUCAUCGCCACCCAGUUCUCGGAGACGAAGCAGAGGGAGAACGCCCUGAUGAGGGAGCAGCGCGCUCGCUACAUGUCCAACGACUCCACGCUCGCCAGCUACAGCGAACCAGGCUCGUGCUACGAAGAGAUGCUACGCUACAUCAGCCACCUUUAUCGCAAGUUCACACGCAGGCUGCAGAGGAUAUACUCUGGGUGGCACAGUAAAAGGCGUAAAAAGGUGAACCCUAACGGCAGCGGUGCAGGCAGUAACGGUGGGGGGAACGGACACGGCCACGGCUCCAGCAGGGGCGGCGGGGGCCCGGGGAACGCUGUGUGGCUGAGACCCAUCCACAAUCUCCUGCAGCACCAUCAGCACCAGCACUGUCGCCUCAGCAACGGGGGGCAGCACACCAUCAACGUGGCGCCCGCCGAGCACACGGACGGAGAAGGAGGGGAGGAACUGGAGAUGAAGUCGCUUCCCGUGCGGAGAGGAAGUACAAACGGGAAUAGCAGCGGCGGGCCUUCGGUUAUCACGCAGGGAAUGGGGGCGUUGCUCGGGCGGCUGAACGGGGGGAUGAACUACCCGACCAUCCUGCCGUCGUUUGUGUGCAGCUACAGCAGCAAGACGCCGCCCCCCCACUCCCAGCAUCGGGGCCACAGCCCGGAGCAGCACCCCCAAAACCACCCGGCAUCUGAACACACAGAGACACUGAACAAGCUCUACCAGCUCAUGGGACAGCACAGUCGCCAGCGGCUGCUGUACCAGCUGGCGGGCGUGGUGCCCAGCCCUCUGCUGCUGGAGCUGCUCAGCUGCCCUAUGUGCGCCCGCAGCCUGGAGACCCUGGAGCUGGAGCUGGGAGACCUGGAGGGCGGCAGGGGGGAGCCGGACGGACUGCACGACUUCCCCCAGGGGGGAGAACUGAGGAGCGGUCGAGGUCGGAGCAGACGGCGAGGGGUCAGGGAGUAUAAAAACGGAGUGGUCGGGGCCUGGGUCGGCUUCAGGGAAAAACUGAAGAGGAUCGUGGAAAGUAAAUACUUCAACCGAGGGAUCAUGAUCGCCAUCCUCGUCAAUACUCUCAGCAUGGGCAUAGAAUACCAUCAGCAGCCCGAGGAGUUGACUGAUGUUUUGGAGAUCAGUAACAUCGUGUUCACCAGCAUGUUCGUCCUGGAGAUGGGCUUCAUGCUGCUGGCUUUUGGCUUGUUUGGCUACAUCAAGAACCCAUACAACAUAUUCGACAGCAUCAUCGUGAUCAUCAGUGUGUGGGAGAUAAUCGGUCAAGCAGAUGGUGGGCUGUCCGUCCUGCGAACAUUUCGUCUGCUGCGGGUUCUGAAGCUGGUGCGCUUCCUGCCCGCCCUGAGGAGACAGCUUGUGGUGCUUAUGAAGACCAUGGACAACGUGGCCACCUUCUGCAUGCUACUGAUGCUAUUCAUCUUCACUUUCAGUAUACUCGGCAUGCAUCUGUUCGGCUGUAAAUUCAGUCAUCAGACAGAAAAUGGAGACACCGUCCCCGACCGCAAGAACUUUGACUCUCUGCUGUGGGCCAUCGUCACCGUAUUCCAGAUUCUCACCCAGGAGGACUGGAACGUGGUGCUGUAUAACGGCAUGGCCUCCACCACUCCAUGGGCGGCUCUCUACUUUGUCGCUCUCAUGACAUUUGGAAACUACGUACUCUUCAACCUGCUAGUGGCCAUUUUGGUUGAGGGCUUCCAGGCUGAGGGUGAUGCUAAUCGGUCGGAGUCGGACGAUGAGAAGAAAUCAGACAACUUCGAUGAUGACGAGAAGGUGUCCCAGCUCAGAGACUCAGAGCUUAAAAUGUACUCUCUGAUGAUGACAGCCAACGGUCAUGUUGACCCUCACGGCUCCAUGGCUCCUCCAAUAAUCAUGCGCACUGCAGCCACGCCUAUGCCCACACCAAAGAGCUCUCUGGGACCCGAGUCUGUCCUCGGGGAUGACCUCAUGUACAGAGAUGGGGUGCCUCAGUAUGCCGAUGCAGGACUGAGCUUUUCCGAUGCAGGAAGUGCUCAUACAGAGUCUCGCCGUGGAAGCUCCACCUCCAUAGACCCCAUUGCCUACGACCAGCAUUCUCUUGGCCUCUCGAGUCCCGGUCGGCGCUCCCCUCUUCCUCCCCGCUCAUGGGGUAGCCGGCGCUCCAGUUGGAACAGUUUGGGAAGAGCGCCGAGCCUCAAGCGGCGAGACACCAGUGGAGAGAGGGAGAGCCUGCUGUCCGGGGAGGGAGGAGAGGAGGAAGAUGGCGCGGAAGACAAGGGGGAGGUCGGGGGAAACAACAGACUGCGCCCUGAGACAUUGGCGCUGCUGCAGGCGUCUACUCUCUGCCCUUCCAUUACAGCGGAGUACGCCGACUGCAACGGGAGGACCUUGAACUACGACCCCGUCAUUAACCCCGACCCCAAGGAAGACCUGUCGCCUGACGAUGAAAUAGAUGAUGAUAGUUCUUUCUGGCUCUGGCUCACCAAGGAGAUUCAAAACAUGAAGCCCAGCUGGUGCAAAGAGCAUGAAGAAUGGAACCUGUAUUUGUUCUCUCCAGAGAGCAAAUUACGUUGCUGGUGCCAAAGUGUGAUCUCUCACAAAUUGUUCGACCAUGUGGUUCUGAUUUUCAUCUUCCUCAACUGCAUCACCAUUGCUCUGGAAAGGCCUGGUAUAGUUAUUGAAAGCAAGGAGCGAAUGUUUCUGAGUGUGUCCAACUACGUUUUCACUGUGAUCUUCCUGGCAGAGAUGGCCAUAAAGGUUUUAGCGCUGGGUUUCUGUUUCGGGAAGCAGACGUACCUCCAGUCAAGCUGGAACGUUCUGGAUGGUUUGUUGGUGUUUGUGUCUCUUGUCGACAUCCUUGUCUCUCUGGCCUAUACUGGAGGAAACCGGAUCCUGGGCAUCCUCCGAGUCCUACGCCUGCUACGAACACUACGCCCACUGAGGGUGAUCAGCCGAGCUCCGGGGCUGAAGUUGGUUGUGGAGACGCUCAUCACUUCUCUCAGACCCAUCGGGAACAUUGUCCUAAUCUGCUGCGCCUUCUUCAUUGUAUUUGGCAUCUUGGGGGUGCAGCUGUUCAAAGGCAAGUUCUACCACUGUGAAGGUCUGGACACAAAAAAUGUCACCAACAAGUCCGACUGUCUGCAAGCCAACUACCGCUGGAUCAGAAGGAAGUACAACUUCGACAACCUGGUUCAGGCUCUGAUGUCUUUGUUUGUGCUGUCCUGUAAGGACGGCUGGGUCAACAUCAUGUAUGACGGGCUGGAUGCAGUGGGAGUGGACCAACAGCCUGUAAGGAACCACAACCCCUGGAUGCUGCUCUACUUCAUCUCCUUCCUGCUCAUCGUCAGCUUCUUCGUGCUCAACAUGUUUGUCGGCGUCGUGGUGGAGAACUUCCACAAGUGCCGGCAGGAUCAGGAGGAGGAGGAGGCUCGCUUACGGGAGGAGAAGCGGCUCAAAAUGAUAGAGAAAAAGCGCAGGAAGGCCAAGCAGAGGCCGUACUAUGCAGACUACUCUCCCGUGCGCCUGUACAUCCACACGCUGUGCACCAGCCACUACCUGGACCUCUUCAUCACCUUCAUCAUCUGCAUCAACGUCUUCACCAUGAGCAUCGAGCACUACGACCAGCCGAAGUAUUUAGAGGAGGUUCUGAAGUACUGUAACUACGUGUUCACCUGCAUCUUCGUUGUCGAGGCCCUGCUCAAACUUUCGGCAUUCGGCAUACAACGGUUCUUCAAAGACAGGUGGAACCAGCUGGAUAUAGCUAUAGUGGCGCUGUCCAUCAUGGGCAUCACGCUGGAGGAGCUGAAGAUGAGCGCUGCGCUGCCCAUAAAUCCUACCAUCAUCAGAAUCAUGAGAGUUCUCAGAAUAGCUCGAGUACUGAAGCUCCUGAAGAUGGCCACAGGGAUGCGAUCUCUGCUGGACACCGUCAUGCAGGCGCUGCCGCAGGUUGGAAAUCUCGGUCUCCUCUUCAUGCUGCUCUUCUUCAUCUACGCUGCGCUGGGAGUGGAGCUCUUUGGCAAACUGGAGUGCACUGAGGACAACCCAUGUGAGGGUCUGAGUCGACACGCCACCUUUGAGAACUUUGGGAUGGCCUUCCUCACUCUGUUUCGAGUGUCCACAGGAGACAACUGGAAUGGGAUUAUGAAAGACACGUUGAGGGAGUGUCAUCCAGAGGAACGAAACUGCCUUACCUACCUGCCUUUGAUCUCUCCGAUCUACUUUGUCACUUUUGUGCUGAUGGCGCAGUUUGUGCUGGUCAAUGUGGUGGUGGCUGUUCUGAUGAAACAUCUGGAGGAAAGCAACAAGGAAGCUAAAGAGGACGCAGAGAUGGAUGCAGAGAUCGCCCUGGAGAUGGCCAUGGAAAGGCAACGCAAAUUAAGCACAACUUCCCACAACAGCUCAGUGGCAGGAACCUACGUUGGGCCGUGUCCAAAUUCACCUGGAGAGGAGGAAGAGGAGGAGGUGCAGUACAUCGACCCUGACCUGCUGUCGUCAAGGAAGAUGUCUGUAUCCAGGAUGCACUCUCUGCCUAACGACAGCUACAUGUUCAGACCCGUGCGGCCCGCCAGCGCCCCCUUCCCUCUGGAGGAGGUAGAGCUCAGCUCCCAGCACCAGCAUUCAGGCUCGGUGACGUCGGUCCGUUCCCAGCCAUGUGAGGGUCGCGGGCUGCUGCAGGUACCAGACGCCUCCCCCGUUCACUCUCGGUCACCUCCCACCCUCAUCCUGCCCCGCAUCGCCCCGCCCACGCAUAGCCCCUCCCCACGGGCCCUGCACAGACAGGUGGCAGUUAAAGUGGAUUCUGUGGAGUCCCAGAGCUAUGAGCAGCAGGAGAGGCCCCACCCUGCUCAUCUGCCUCCCCUCUCUUCCCUCCCCUCAUCCCCGUCUCCCCUGCCUCCUCCUCCUCCCUCCUCCCCCUCACCUCUUCCUCUUCCACCUUGCUCCCCUUCCGCCAUCCCUCUCCCUCCUCCCUCUCCGCUGCAUACUCUCCUGUCCUCCCCACUCCCUCCUCCGCCAUCCUCCCCCUCGCUUCUCCUGCCACCGCCUCCCUCCCCCCGCCUGCCCCUGCGCCCUCCAAGCCUGCGGAGACCCAGACAGCCCUCGGCCGUCUCCCUCUGCGACCCGGCUGACGAGGAGGUGUGUCACAUCACCAGCUCCGCCCGCCGAAGGUGGAGGGAUGAGGAGGGAGGGGGGAAGGUCGGACGCAGCCACUCCCUCUCUCCUUACGCCGAUUCCACUUCUUCCCCUUUCCCUCCCCCGCUGCCGCCUUCCUCCUCCAGGAGCGCACUCAGCCUGCUCGGGGUGGGGCUGACGGACCAUGACUUCAAGAAGGGGUUGAGCGUUGACAACCAUGGCUUCACAGACGAGCCGCCAUCUUUGUCCGUCCGUUACCCCGACGACCACCGCCGCCACUCCAUCGAGGUCUGCCUCCCACAGGCCAUCAUCACCGGGGACGACCAUGACUUUACACUCCGGUCUGUAAAGGGUGGUCCGGCAUUCCCUGUGAGGGUGCAGUCGGUCGGGGGCGGCCACAGGAAGAAGAAGAUGAGUCCUCCUUGCAUAUCCAUCCACCCACCCUCAGAGAGAGAACACCCCCACACCGUCUCACCCCCAAAGCUGUCUGACUGCAGCAUGAUGCUGAGACGCAGGACGCCUUCGUACGACCUGUCCCCGCACAUGCAGGACGUCCCCGAGGAUUCACAGACGCGCUCCCCGAUGCACAUCCCCCUCACGCCCAUCCACGUGCCCCUGCAGGCUCACUCGCCAACGCACACACUGACUCUGUCCCGGGCGUCCACUCCCACACACACCUACACCCCGCUGCACGCGUCCACACCCUCACACAUCCCCAUCAGCCCCAACAUCUUCAUCCAGCCGCACGCACCUCUCGUCCCGAUGCCUUUCUCGCAGACCCUCUCCCCCGCUGCGAGGCAGGACUACAUCCCUCUCCCCCAGUUCACCUUCGACCAACCGCAAUCCAGAUACAUGAGCGGCCUGUCUCCCGGCCUGUCAGACGCCGACACGGCCACCUGCUCAUCCCCCUUUGACAACAGACUGGGAAGCGGAGCGGGAUUCAGUGCAAAGAAUCGGAGGACCGCCCAAUGAACAUCGGGCUUUGCCUUCAGGAAUUAUUUGGUCCUAAAUCUCUGACGUCGGAGUAGAGCAGCCUCUCAGCAGAGAUGGUGCUGGGGAGCGAAGGAGAGAAAGAAGCUACCUGGGAGAUGGAUUAUUUUUUUGCUUCGACGACUAGAAAAGACAUGGUUUAUUCGUUCCAGAGACGCUGGUACAGUCCCGUCCUAGAAUAACACACGGUGGAUUUAUUCUCCUGGACGGCAGAUCCUCCUGCGGCUGUACUGGUCUAACAGUACCCACUGUACAUGGUGUGUUUGGGACUAAUACUAAAAACACACCAGGACUAAAGCCACCUAACUCCGUAGCCAAAGUUUUUUUUUGACACACUGUCCCCACCCACGCAAGCCAAUCAGGAAGCAGCGUCUGGCUGACAACCUCUGACCUUACACAGGAAGUGGUUUUGUGAAAUGCGAGCGUUGGGGGGGGGGGGGGAAAUUGUGGGAUAUGCAACUUCAGGUUUUCUACAGAAGUUCUGCUUGCCCCUCCUCUGCUCCUGGAUCACAUUGAUCAGAGCAGAAGUGUGUGUGUGCGUACGUGUGUGUGUGAGCGUGUCUGCGUUUUCCUAUUUGCGAGUAUCGUCAAAUCUGUUGUCAUGGAAGUCGGCCAUGUUGUUCUUACGCCUGCAACGACAGAGAGGGGAAGCAGGGCAGAGCUGUAGUGUAUGUUUAUCUGUGUAUCUGUGCAGUGUAAAUAAAGGAAAAUACUGUAUUUGGUGAGAUUAAAAAUAGCUCUAUCCAUAUGCACAUAUUUUUAUAGAGAUCUAAAAUGUUUUUUGCACACAAAUUUGAAUUUCAAGUUGCUUGUUUUUUUUCCUCUGUUGUCCUCUUGUGAAUGUAUGUUUUCCGUUUCCAAAACCGGAGAGAAGCGAGGGAGAUCAACCCUCCUCUCGACAGGCUAGCUGAGGUCGAGGAGUGGGAUUUUAUUUUUCUAUUUUUGGAAAAAGAGACAGAAGAGAACUGGGGUGGGAUGUGUUUCUGUAGCUGUGUCUCAGAUUUCUGUGUAUUUGGUGUCUAAAUUGCAGUCUGAAGAGGCGGGCUCAGUGAUGCAAGCCAAAUAUGCUUUUCAGAUAUUGACAUUUUGUGUUGAGACCUAGCUUAGCACCACACAUCAAAAUAUAAAUGUGGCUUUUAUUCGAAAACAAAACCUUUCCCUUGUAGUCAACUUAAGCAUUUUAUCCAACACCAAAAAAAACACUUGUGUACUUCAGUGUAUGUAUGUGUUUAGAUAAAGUAUAAAACUGACUUCCUGCCUAAAGGAACAUUUAAAACACUAACAAAAGUAAGUAGUAUUGACUCAAAAGUCAUCUCUGAGCCCCCCUUCUGCAGCUGUUUUCAUGCUGGAUACACCAGUUAGUGUUUCUGUACAUCAAAAGACAACCAAACUAACUAACUUAUUAAAUAUGUGUAGCCAGAGUGCAAUAAUAAUAAUAAUAAUAAUAUAUACGUGUGGAGAUUAUAGUGACAUCCACUACAUAAAAACAACCACACUCUUGUGUUAGUACAUACUGUAGAACUAUAUAUGAUAUAAACCAAUUUUUCUAUGAUGAUCGAGAGUAUUUAUAUCUGUAGUGUUACUGUAGGUACUAGCCCCCUGGGUGGGGCUGUAAGCAGUGUUAGAUACUGUAGAUUUCUUUUAAAAAAAAAAGCUCCGGCCCACCAUAUGUUGGCAUUACUGUAAACAGAAGGGAGGACUCUCAUUUACACCCCUCAAUUUUACUUUCCACAUUAGAUCAUGAUAAGACAACACCGUAUAUAUUACCUACAUGUCUUGCAUCCUCGAUGGUGUGAAUGAAACAGCAUCUUCCUUCCAGUGCGUGAUUGUUUUCCUGCUGAGCCAUACCUUUAUUACGACACAGCACAAUAUGUAUUUUAGUCUAUUUUGUGCACAGUCUGGUUAGGCACGGGUACAUAAAGAAGCAUGCUUGUAAACUACUCAUUUGCUACUGAUUCCUUUUUUUAAAGGCAGCUGGCCGGGUGGCGUCUUUAUUUAUUUGUGAUCAGCAUGUAUGAUGCACAACUCCUCAGUGAUUUGAGUGGAAACCAAAGUGCUUUGAUGCUGCACCAUCAUCACCACAGGCCCUGUUCUCAAAUACGUAAAUUGUAUUCAUGUAUAUGUAUUGGCAACCAAAUUGUGUUUAAUUAAUUAACAGAGUAACAAAUUAUAUUGGUAAAACUCCUGUUCAAGCCUUUGAAUUUAUUCAAAUGUCAUAUAUUUUUGUGGGAAUUCAAUUAAAUAAAAGGACAGAUCUUUUUUUAUAGGGAUUCAAAUUGGCAUCAUGCUGAAAUUAGCAUUUAAAGGCUGUAAAAAAAUAACUUAUAACCAUGAGAUCAGAUUAUGCUUCUCCUUCAACAUUCAUCACCUUUAAAUCUCCCAAGCACUAAAAGAAAAAGAGGAAACUUGUUUAUUUUAGCUUCAGUUUACGACAGGUCAACACCUUUUGACCUACAGUGUGGUGCUUGGUUGUCAUCACACCAAAGUUUGGUUUCUUGCAAACACAGAAUGAAAAAGCUCUUGGACAAUAAAAUCACAGUUAUUAAAAAAAAGGGUUGCUGCUUGUGAACGCAGCUUGUUAAUCUUUUGAUAGCACUCUUCUUCCAGUUCUGACAUGCAUAAGGAUUCUGAGAUGAUGUCCUCCCUCCUGUACAUGGCACAGUUGGUCGUCCCCUGGUUUGAAAAUUAUUUUUGAAUACAGUAUGUGGUCGAUCACACUGUUUCUGUACAACCGCUUUGUCCUGUUUCGUGUCCUCUUCCUGCACAGAUGGUCAGCAAUGAGAUGUUUUAAGUAGUCUGAAGACGGCCUCUUUCUGUCCCACUCUUAUUUAACUUAGUGCAGACCACCCCGAUCUACAGCGUAUCGCCAUAUUAAUCGACACAGUUUGGUAGAGUGACUGCUUAAUUGUUCUUACGGAUCUUUGGAUCUCAGUAUUUAAAUCCUGUUUUUGAGGAAACAGUUUUGACUAUUGCAUGUUCUGAUUUACGAGAAAAAAAAAAUCUUUUGGGAAAGAAUCAUCUGGAUGUUUUAGAGAUUUUGAUAUUUGCAUUUUCAGAUGUUUCCAUUUGUAGAUUGACUACCUAAUUGCACUGGGCUGAUUAAAUGACCCUAUUCUUUAAUGUCCAAUGCAAUACUAGGUGGUUAUUUGCUGUAUGAGGACAGAGCUUGUCUUUAUACAGUUUUAUAGAGAGACAUGGAAACAUAGCUGGUUCUAUUUUUGUUCAGAACCAACGUUAUUUAAUGUUGAGGUGAGCCUUUUUUCACUGUUUUCUCCUGAUACUCUAAACAUGCCUGAACUCUAGUGAUGGUGAAGCUAAUUAAAUGAUGUAUAUUUUAUGUAGGGGUUAGCCUCCACCCUGAGAUAAGGAAAAUGAUGAGUCGUGUUCUCUGGGUGACACCGAGCUGCUCCGGCUCCCAAAAAGUUCAAACUGUGACAGAACUUGACUUUGAUGAAUCAGAAGCCUUGUGUUUUUCUUUCUUUCUUAUUUUAUUUUGACAACCCUUUCAGUGAUUGCCCCAGACACCCCCACCCCCAAACCCCCCCAAGCCUUACAAGGAGGGGAGGAGGUGUGUUUUAUCUGUCAGAGGAGAGUGUCUGCAAUAAUAAGCCCCCCGUUAGAAGGGAGGGGACAGGGGAGGUGUUUUAAAGGCUCGACACACAGUCGGACUCUCUACAUUGUAUCGUUGCUGAUUAUUAUGUGAUGACCAACCGUUGUCCUGAAGGAUGUUUCCCUGUCAAUUA